AUGAGCCUAAAGAACGACUCCGGUUUCAAGGUCGAGCCUUUCGACGGCUCGAACUAUGGGUUGUGGAGUUACAAGAUGAAGAUGUGCCUGAUGUCGAAGGGGCUGUGGGGCGCGAUCGCGGGCGAUGAGACAACAAGUGAGGUCAAGGAACAGCAAGCCCACGCCGCGAUCGUGCUGAAUCUGAGCGAUUCGCAGUUGAUGCAUGUCAUCGACUCGGCCACUGCAAGAGAAGCGUGGGGACGUUUGGCGCAAUUUCAUCACUGUCAUGACAUGGCGAAUCGACUUUGGCUAAAGGAAAAAUUCGCCUCGUUCAAGUAUGCAGCAUCAAGCAUGAGCGGUCAUGUGAUGGAGCUGGAGGACCUCGUGAUGAAGAUGAAGCGCGCGAACUGCGGUCCAAGCGAAGAGGACGUUUGUGCUGUACUGUUGCGGAGUCUACCUGCAAGCUUCGAGAGCUUGGUACAGGCAUUCCGCAUGUCCGUCGCAAGCUUCAAAUUCAGUGACCUCGUGAGCAAGUUGAUCGCCGAAGAAGUGCGCCAGAAUGAGGCUGCACGGGUAGAAGAUGCAACGGCGCUCUACGCAGGCAAGAGGAAGGGUAAGCAGUACCCGAAGAAGCAUCUAGGACGGCGCGCGAAAGGACCAUCAGGGACCUGCUACAACUGUGGCAAAGUUGGACACUACGCCAGAGAUUGUCGCUCCGGUCGAGGGCCAAGGGAGCAACAGCAUGACCAGUCGAAUGUCGCGUUUGAUGUCAGCGAUGGUUUCGCGAGCGACAACUGGGUCAUGGACAGUGGCGCGUCAGCACGCAUGUGCAAGGAUCGAGAUGCAUUCGAAGAGUACGAAGAGGUGCAUCAUGCGCGAAGUAUUUCAAGCGCAAAGAGCGACGUGAAGCUGAAUGUCAUUGGACUUGGGACAGUGAAGCUGCGCGUCUGGACAGGGCAUGCGUGGAUCGACGCUCGCCUUGAGAACACACUUCACGUUCAAGAUUUGUCCAAGAACCUGUUUUCGCUCACGGCUGUGGCAGCGCGCGGCAUGACAGUGGAGAUAACGCGCAACGAGUGCGUGGUGAAGCGUGGAGGCAAACCCGUCGCAACAGGAAGGAAGCAGGGUUUUCUACUGUAUCUAAACGCUGACUAUGGUACGGAGGGCCACAUGGCCGAAGACGAUGCAGAGUUGUGGCAUAGAAGACUGGGUCACGUAUCGUAUGGUACGCUGAAUGCCAUGGUCAAGGACGGAAGGAUCAAGGGCGCAACGGUGAAGACAGACGUUGCGUGUGACGUUUGCACAACGUCAAAGCAAGUGCGCAAGUCAUUCAAGACAAAUGAAGAAGACGCUGAAACCAAGGAGAGUUCGCGUUCCGACGUGGUGGUGUGCUCCGACGUUCUCGGACCUAUCACGCCAGCGUCUAAGUCUGGUUUCAGUUACGCCGUAACCUUCAUCAUGAUGAAGAGCAGGUACGUAACGGUCUAUCCGUUGCGAAAGAAGAGCGACGUUGCGAGUGCGUUCAAGCGGUUUUAUAAAGAUAUCAAUACAACAUCUGGAACGAAGAUAAAGGUGCUGCGAAGUGACAACGGCGGCGAAUACCGGAACAAAACGAUGAGCAACUAUUGCAAGGCAACGUUCAUCAAGCAAGAUUUCACGGUUCCGUACAACCCAGAGCAGAACGGGAUGGCAGAGCGGAUGAACCGCACGCUGGUGGAGAUGACGCGCUGUAUGCUCAAGGAAAGCGGUCUCGACAAGUCGUACUGGUGCAAGGCACUGAUGACAGCGGCAGACAUCAGAAACAUUCUGCCGAACGCGUCGAACAAGAGAUCAAGCCCACACGAGAUGGUGUUCAAAAAGGUUCCGCGCAUCGAUCACAUGCGCGUGUUUGGUGCGCAAUGCUAUGCGCGUGUGGCGAAGGUGAAGAGGAAGAAGCUGGACGACUCAGGCGUGCGAUGUUUCUUUCUCGGCUAUGCGAAGGACCAAAAGGCGUAUCGGCUUCUUAACGCGGACGAUGGCUCAAUCGUGAUUUCGAGAAGCGUCACGUUCGCUGAGCAUUCUGUCUCGAAAGCAUCGAAAAGCAGAGACACGCGGGUCUUCGAUGUCAUUGAAGAAGAGGAAAGUGUGGAGGCGUCGCCACCCGAUGAUGAAGACAAACCAGCGCCGGGCACCGGAGAAGAGCUACGCACCCGACCACUUCGAGCGCAGAACAGCUCUCAUCACAGACCAAGUGAUCGACCAAGCGACACCAUUCCUACGCGCGCAUCCAGCACACCCGGAAGAAAUGGAGAAGAAGAGUGGAUGGUGCGACCGGUUCGGAAGAAGCGCGGCGUGGUUCGCUACGAACAAGAAUUUCCAAGCCAUCGUUUCGGUCGCUUCAAUCUGGACGACUACGAAGGUGACUUCGACUCUUUCUACUGUUUCUCGGCUGAGAAGAUGGGGAACAAGCGUCCAGCUAUCAAGAAGUGA